UGUACGUAUGAGUUUGGAGGAAUAAGAGGAGGACAGAAUGGCCAACUCAGCACUGGAGAUAGUGGGUUUGAUAUUGACCCUGAUUGGGCUGAUUGGGACGGCUGCAAGCACUGGGAUGCCUAUGUGGCGAGUCACAGCCUUCAUUGGGGAGAACAUCAUUGUUUUUGAAAGCCGCUUUGAGGGUCUGUGGAUGAAUUGCUUUCGGCAGGCCAACAUCAGAAUGCAGUGUAAGGUAUACGACUCUCUCCUGGCCCUGCCCCCCGAUCUACAGGCGGCACGGGGGCUCAUGUGCUGCGCUCUGGCAUUGAGUGGCCUCGGUCUGCUGAUCUCUUUGCUGGGGCUGCAGUGCACGUCGUGUAUCGAAAACAAUGAUCGGGUCAAGCGGCUGGUCCUCAUCAUUGCAGGAACCAUGAUCAUGAUGGCUUGCAUCUGCGUCCUUAUCCCAGUGUCCUGGACAGGUCACGUCAUCAUCAGGGACUUCUACAACCCCUUGCUGAUAGACGCCCAGCGAAGGGAGCUCGGUGAGGCUCUCUACAUUGGCUGGGUGGCCUCUGCUUUCUUGUUCGCUGGAGGAUGCAUGUUUAUUUGUUGCAAUCUGCAGUCCGAGGACAAAGGUUCAGAGAGGUAUGUGUACUCAAAGACCUCCAACUACAUGACCUAUCCUCCACAGCCCCUGCAGCCUCAACAGCUGGUGCGACUUCCCCAACCACAACCCCAGUUUCAGCCAGUGCUGUCAAGGCACCCAUCAACCAACUACAGCUACUAUUCCAGAUACCCCUCUGUACGCAGCGGGGUGGCUUAUCUCUGAACACCUAAACUGACUGAGGUAAUGAUGAUCACAGUAAUAGUUCAGAUAUGCAAGGGGAUUUUUUAAUAAGUUAUGGAUUGGCACUGUAAUCUAUGACACAUUUCAAAUUUUAAAAAGUUUAAAAAAGGAACAUUUCAAUAAAUACAUAAACUGUGAAUGCAAUUGGAUCGAAUCUAGAAGGACGUCUGUUUUAAAUCACUCACAAUAUACAUUAUUUGAGGAGUACUUAAUGUCUUGUUGAAGAGCAAUAGUUACAGAAUCUUGACAUCAACGACUUAUAUCAUACUCCAGACUGUAAGCCAAUACAUGUUUUCCAUUACUUUUAUGAGUGUUGUAUAUCAAAUUUUAUACAGACAGAUUUAUUUUUUGUAGUUUAGCUUACCAAUUUUGUAUGUGUAUGCUUAAUAUAACAAUUCAUGCAACCUUUAACUAAUGAGUAAAGUGACACAAGUGUAUUUGUUGUUGUCGGCACAUAUGACUGAAUUACGUAGUAACACAGACAGUUUAUACUCAACAGAUGUUUCAAGAUCUUGCAGAACCAAUCCCCCUAGUACACACAGUCCUCAUAUUGUUCUGCUUAGUUUUGACCAGUAUUAGAUACAGGAUCAGGCGUUUACAGGAAGUACCCUUAGGACAGCAAAUGCUAAAUUGGUGACUGAUUGUGAAGGAAAUACACAGGCAUUUGUUUCUAUAUUCAAAACAUUGUGUGUGUAUCCAUUCAAUCGGAACACAAUUGUAAGUCUUUGUUUAAGUUUGGUAUGGUGCCCUGGAGCUCUUGGGAACUAAUAGAACUGAACAAAUAGCUGAGUAAACAUGAGAUGCAGGUUUAAGACUGCUUGUUAAAGGUGUGGACAGCUGUGUUAGUGUUUGUGAAGAAGCCAGUCAGG